AUGUUUAAUUGAUUUCGAAUAUUAAUGAGUGUCUCUUUCUCCACAGCUCAUCAUCAGUGUGGUCUGUCCCGUGGUUCGCAUGGCUCGUGUCUUUGUCUACGGCACGCUGAAGAAAGCCCAGCCCAACUACUUCAGGAUGGAGAACACUUCCAACGGUCAGGCCGAGUUCCUCGCUCGCGCUCGAACCAUAGAGCCAUACCCGCUCGUUAUCACCACCAAAUUCAACAUCCCCUUCCUGCUCAACGAGCCCGGGACGGGUCAGCGCGUCUACGGAGAGAUCUACCGCAUCGACCAGAAGAUGCUGGACUUUCUGGACCGGUUUGAAGGCUGUCCAGAGAGAUACCAGCGCACCGAGAUCCAGCUGGAGGUGCAGGACGGUGAAGGAGAAAACACACUAAAGCCUGGAAGCAUCGAGGAGGUGUUUGUGUACAGCAGACGUGAACCUGAGUGGCUCCAGAACCAAACAUAUGAGAGUUAUGAUGCAUUCGGUGAUCACGGACUGAAAUAUGUGCUUCCUGAGGACAGAAGCCCUGAGUAAUGACUGUACCGGUAACGAUUAGCAGGGUCCAAAACUAACAAUUUACCACAUCUGCCAGUGUCACGUCCAUUUAUCAUUUAGAUGUUUUACACACACACACACACAUAUAUACAUAUACAUAUAUAUACAUAUAUAUAUAUA